CUCCUUCGCUCCUCCAUGGCUGUGGAGCUUAGUUCCAGGCGAGCCUAUAGACUGUCGUUGCAUGCUCAGAGAGAGAGAGAGAGAGAGAGAGAGAGAGAGAGAGAGAGAGAGAGAGAGAGAGAGAGAGAGGCAAUGGUGCUUUGGGAGAUCACAUUGGCAACAGCUUACUUCUUGGGGUUGAAACGAACUUAUAGGCUUGCUCUGAAGCUCCAACGUCGUCUCAUCGGCCCUAAUCACCCUAAGAUUCGUCAAUUCCUUUACCGGCGAACUCGUGCUGUUUUUUCCGUAGCUAUCCGGAUUCACAGCAACAUACAACAGAGGGACAUAGAAGUUGGUCGGAACCUUGGGAACUGGAUCCUUCGGUGUCUUGAUCGUAUGAAACCAUCUGCCCAGAUCCGUGGUCCCCCUGGAAACCAUCCCAGUGUUGGCAACACAUCCAAGCAUGUAACCACCUCAUCCAGCCAGCAACCUCCAGGUCCAGGGUCCAUUCAAAAAUUCAGUAGCAAAAUUAUAAACAGGGGAGCGGUUGGGCGUCUCACCACCUCGACAUCAAUGCAUUUAUGGCCGAAAUCAUUCCCUAUUCUGGGGACAAUGUUGAUGCCAUCAAGAUCCACUGGUGCAAACACCCAGUACAGAAACUUAUGCUUCAAUGGGCCUUACUUGCCAGGACUAAACUAUGAGAAAGGCAGAUUUGAUGGAGUGAUUCGGAAGGACAUAAUGCAGUGGAUGCUGCAAAAUUGACGAUUAAACUUUUGCAGACUUUAUGACUGUGCUGGGUUUUGUAAAUUCUUUCUUCAGGUCUCUCAUGCUGAGAACUUGAUCAUGAAGAUAUGAAAACUAGCAUGGUAUUUCUGGAGAGAAACUAUGCUGUAUCUUGGUAAAUAAAAUUCAGAUUGUUUUUGUUUGGUCACAUAACGUUGAGCCAAUACUUUAUUUAGGUUGUUGAAACUCUUUAAUCCAAUGCCUUUCUCCUUUGGAUGUAACUACAAGAACAGUCAUUGAAGGCUUUAAUGGGAUAUACAAGAUUGUCUUGGA